AUGGAGCCGCGCCCGGGUCCCGCGAGGCCUGGAGUGGCUGAAGGGCCGCAGCCUGAGCCCGGGGGCGCGGGGAGACAGCCGUCCGUCUGGCCCUUCCUGACCUGGAGCGUCGAGGAAGUGGCUGAGUGGGUGGCGCAGCUCGGCUUCCCCCAGUACGAGGAAUGCUUCAGGGCCAACGGCGUCACCGGCCGCCGCCUCAUCCAGGUGAACUGCUCCAACCUGCCCGGCAUGGGCGUCACGGACUUCGGCCACACGCAGGAAAUUUCACGACACGUGCGAGAGCUGCUGGGGAUUGAGGAGCCUCUAUUCAGCAGAUCCAUUGCCCUCCCAUACAGAGACAAUAUGGGUCUCUUCCUAGAGAGAAAGGCACCAACAGGAAAGAGGGCAGAUGCCCUCACUUUCUCACAGUUUAUCCAAAAAGCAGGACUGGAGCCAUAUACUACAGUUCCUUCUUUGCAAGGAUCCCAGACCAUGAUGGAAGUGGAUGCUCUUCCUGCAUCACAGGACAUGCAGAGGCAGAAUUAGAGACUCAUACUGCA